CGAAUCAAAAGGCGGAAAAGACAUCUCCAUGUUUGGGCCGAAGGCAGUUCAACUCUUUGCGUGAGUUCUGGGAUGAGGCCUUGUCAGACUCCAAAUCAUUUACAUCAGACAAAAUUAGGAGCCCCAAAUGUAAAGAGCUGCCAUUACAUGAAAACAAAUGCGGUGAUCCAGAGGUUAACAAUGAAAAACCCAGCUCUAGACCACCCCCUCCUCCUUACAGACCAAGGUUGACAUCGGACAAGCAGACUGGGUCAAGACUGGAAAGUAAAGCCAACCACUUAAAUAAUCACUCUACACCAGAUACUAUGUGCCAAAGAGAGGUAAGAAGAAGCUCCAAAGACUCUGGAAAAGUGCCUAAAACCAGAAAGGACAGUUGUAGCCCUUCCAGCAGUCGUAUGAACUCAUUUCGUAGGGCAAAAAGCAUGUUUUCACUCAGUACUGAUGAAACUGAUCAGAUUCAAAUCGACGUAAGCCCUGUUCACUCUCACAGCAGGAAGCAGCGGGCCAAUACUGAGAAGGGGCCUGGUCUGAGGAGACAAUCUGAGGACACAGAGACACUGACUCCUCGUGCACGGGCAUUUGUGCCCACAGACUACAGGCACUAUUUAGGCAUGACUGAGAAGAGCAGUGCCCAUACCUCUACGACUCUACCAAGCAAAUGGUCAAAAGAGGUCAAAGUGGACUAUGAUAGUAGCAGAAGAGGAAGCAAGACACAACAGCACCCCCUAUCCCCCAACUACACUAAUUCUGACACCUUCCACGAGUCCCUGUGCAAUGCAUCAGAAUCCAGACCCAGCUCCAGGCUCAGUUCAAAUAGGGAAAAUGACGACAGCCCUGUGAAGCGUGCACUGAGGAGAGCUGAAGCACGUCCCAAAAAUCUGGCUAAAAGUCUUGAGGACAUCACUGCAGCAUCCACUCCACGUUCCGAAAGGAGGCAGGAGCUGUCUGUAGACCAAAGAUCCAGCAGUGAUGGAUCCUCUCUGCCUUCCCCCCUGUCAUCUUUAUAUAUGGACCCUGAACACACGAAGAAGAUGAGCAAGUCUGUCCCCUUUUUACAGAACGAGUUAAGUGGAAGUGUGAUGACCAUAUACAGUGGAGACUAUGGGAGUGUAGAAGUGCAGGGGACUAUCCAUUUCUCCAUUCACUAUGUGCAGAAGCUCAGAGAGUUUCACAUCUUUGUGGCUCAGUGCAAAGACUUGGCUCCUGUUGACCCCAAGAGAGGUCGUUCUGAUCCGUAUGUCAAAAGUUACCUGGUUCCAGACAAGGCUAAUCUAGGAAAGAGAAAAACAUCAGUGAAAAAGAAGACACUUAAUCCAACAUUCAAUGAAAUCCUCAGAUAUCGUGUUCGUAUGGAGUAUCUCAGAACACAGACCUUAAUUCUCUCUGUUUGGCAUCAUGACACUUUUGGUAAGAAUAGUUUUCUGGGUGAAAUAGACGUGGAUCUCUCCAAGUGGGACUUUGACCACACCCAGAUGAACUACUUAGCUCUAAAGGCCCGGACUUAUCCUACUCUGACACCUCCUAACUGCAGAGGGGAGAUGAGGAUUGCCAUACGUUAUGUGCCACAGAAUGGCCAAAGCGAUGGUUUAGCCAGAGUUGGUCCUAACAGUGGAGAGAUUCACAUUUGGGUGAAAGAGUGCAAGAAUCUUCCAAUGAUCCGAGCCACUAUUGAUCCUUAUGUUAAGUGCUUUGUUCUGCCAGACACGAGCAAAAAGAGCCGUCAGAAGACUCGUAUUCUCCGUGGCACAGCUGACCCAGUGUUUAACCACACCAUGGUGUAUGAUGGCAUCAGGCAAGCUGACCUAACAGAGGCCUGCGUCGAGCUCACGGUUCUGGACAGGGACAGACUGGCCACCAACCUACUGGGCGGACUGAGACUAGGAGCAGGAACAGGCAGAAGUUAUGGGUCUCUGGUGGAUUGGAUGGACUCCACAGCGUAUGAGGUGGCUCUGUGGGACCGCAUGAUGGCUUCUCCGAAUGAAUGGGUCGAGGAUGUACUUCCCUUGCGAUGGCUCCACUCUACAAAAACUACUUCUAAAUAGAUUUUCAUUUAUGGAAGCCUGAACACACAAUACAACUUAUCUUAUUUGUAUAUUGAACAUUUUAAUCUAAUUUUAAAAUUCACCAUCCACCUUUUGAAACAGCGCUUAGUUAUUAUGCUGCAGUAUACCAGUUAGUUUGGUAUAAAUGUACACUACAUAUGCACACCUUUGACAGAGCUCAUAUCUUUACUGACACACAUAUUUAGAAUUCUAAACGUGUAAAAGAUAAUAAACAUGCUGGAAAUUCACAGUAUUGUUUUGUGACUCUAACUGCUUAUAUCUUUACGUUUUAACCUCACUUUUUCAUU